UUUUUUUUACCAGUACUAGCUUAAAGUCGUUUCGAUUAUGGACUUCAUCACGGUCAUUCGUUAGACAGAAGAAUUUCUCUCUGGUAUGCUCUCAUGUACGGUAAGCAAAAUUCAUCUCAGCUUGUUUGCAUCAUCUGUCAUCUAAUUUAGACCCGAAAUCAAGAACAAUCUGCAGACAAACUUUCAUUAGGUCAAAAACAGGUUUGUUUUGAUUGGAUUGGAUUGGAUGGAAGAGAAAUGAUGAAUGAAUGGAAUAAUAUCAAGGAUUCGAGUAGAAUCAAUGGAGAAGGUUACAAACGGGGAAGUGAAGAGGGUGGUGGGGGUUAUAUGCAGGCGGUGUAAAGAAACAUACGACCCCUCUUCAAACACUCCUUCUGCUUGUCGAUUCCAUCCUUCUUUCUUUGUAUGUCGACGUCAUGAUGAUCAGAAAAGGUACUAUGAAUUGGGACCUAAUGAUCCACCAUAUGCUGCCAAAUUCUAUGAUUGUUGUGGAGCAGAGGAACCUAAUGCAUCUGGUUGCACCACUAGUUUUCAUAUCUCUUAUGAUGAUGCUUAAGAGACUGUUUUUGUUCAAUGUAGAUUGGUUUGAAGAUGAUAAGAUAUGUAUAUAAAAUCUUGAAAGAAUAAUUAAUAAAUAAACGUGCGCUUUGUUUA